GAAGAAUUAUUUCUCUCUCUAAAAAAAACUUUCACUUUCUAGAGAGAUAUUCAAAAGCUAUGGCUUCCAAGAACAUACUAUUUGUUCUCAUCCUCACUUUGAUUUCCGUAACAGUUCUUGCUCAAUCACCAUUUCCCUCGCCGACUGUAUCUCCGACUAUAUCUCCGGUCCCUUCACCUCCUAAGGUUGUGCCCGUUCCUGCUCCUGUUCCUGUUCCUUCCGCGACUCCGGCUCCUACUUCUACUCCUCCGACAUCUUCCCCACCGGCUCCUCCGACUGGUCCUAGUUUGGCUCCUUCUGAUUCAGCCUCACCGCCGUCGAUUUCAAUGACCCCAGCAGAAACUCCGGCAGCUACUCCACCGAAGAAUAGUGGUUCGAUGAACAGAGUGACUUUGUUUGGAUCUACUGGACUCGUGAUGUUUGUGGCUUCGGCGGCUUUGAUGAUGUAGAUCUGGGUUUGGGUUUGAUCUGAGAGAAGACGGUGGUUUGAUGAUGAUGAUGGUUCAGAGAUUUCUUGGUCGGUUACUUUUUGGGUGUUUUCAUUUUUCUUUAUUUUAUUUUAUUUUAUUUUAUUCUCUUAUAUGACAGUUGAUUAGAUUAGAGGAUUAUUUAGUAGUAUUUUAUUAUUAUUAUUAUAUUAUAUUAUUAUUAUGUUGGUUGGACUGUGAUUAUAAUUGCUGUUAAUUU